GUGGACUGUGGACUGUGGACUGUGGACUGUGGAGCCAAGAUCGUGGCGGAAUAGGAGAUCUCCCGUCCUCCCCUAUUUAACUUACUUUCCCCUCUCUCUCUCUCUCUCUCUCCACUUCCUUUGCUCUUUCUUCUUUACCUUCCCUUGAUCGAAGAUGGAUUCUUUGGCCCUGAUCUGUACGGCGGGUCUCCUCUUCGGGGGCCUCUACUGGUUCAUCUGCAUCUUGGGCUCAGCAGAGCAGAAGGGAAAGCGAGCGGCGGACCUCUCCGGAGGUUCAAUCUCACGGGAUAAAGUUCUAGACAAGUACAAGCAGUAUUGGUCCUUCUUCCGCCGACCCAAAGAGAUCGAGACGGCAGAGAAAGUUCCAGCCUUCGUCGAUACCUUCUACAACCUGGUGACUGACAUCUACGAAUGGGGGUGGGGACAAUCCUUCCACUUCUCCCCUUCCAUACCAGGCAAGUCUCACAAGGAUGCCACUCGCCUCCACGAAGAGAUGGCCGUCGAUCUGCUCGGCGUCAAGCCAGGAGACCGCAUCCUCGAUGUUGGAUGCGGAGUCGGUGGACCUAUGCGUGCCAUCGCCGCCCAUUCGCGUGCCAAUGUGGUUGGCAUUACCAUCAAUGAGUACCAGGUGAAGCGUGCCCGGAUUCACAACAAGAAAGCUGGUCUCGAUUCACUCUGCGAAGUCGUCUGUGGAAACUUCCUCGAGAUGCCCUUCAAGGACAACAGCUUCGAGGGUGCUUACUCGAUCGAGGCUACCUGCCACGCGCCCAAGCUGGAGGAGGUCUACGCCGAGAUCUACAGGGUUUUGAAGCCUGGAUCAAUGUACGUAUCUUACGAGUGGGUCACGACCGAUAAGUUCAAGGCGGAGGACCCUGAGCAGGUGGAAAUUAUUCAAGGGAUUGAGAGAGGUGAUGCGUUGCCUGGAUUGAGGAGGUCCGACGAGGUUGCAGACAUUGCUAGGAAAGUUGGGUUUGAGGUUGUGAGGGAGAAGGAUCUGGCCAAACCCCCUUCCAAGCCAUGGUGGCAGAGGUUGAAGAUGGGGAGGAUUGCUUACUGGAGGAACCACAUCGUGGUGAUUGUGCUCUCUUGGAUUGGAAUCGCACCUAAGGGUGUUGUCGAUGUCCAUGAGAUGCUCUUCGUGACUGCCGAUUACCUGGCCAGAGGUGGGGAGACUGGGAUUUUCACCCCAAUGCACAUGAUCCUCUGCAAGAAGCCGGAGUCGUCCUCUUCAUCCUCUUAGGGUUUUGCUUGUUAUAGAUUAUCCAAUCAAAUGCUAAUCUUGAUAUUCCAAAUGGGGAUUGGGAUUAUGCAGACACAGCUGUUCUUCUUUUGGUUAAUUUUGUGGUCGGAUUUCUUCUGGUUAUGGAUGUAGUGGUGGGUUAUCGAUGGAGAAUUGAACUGCAGAAGGAGAUGAGGACUGGGUUUCCACCUUUUUUCGUCUUUUUCCCUUUUCGUCUUAAUCUUUUUAUCUUUAGUUUGGGUCUCUUAUUUGUGGCGGUGGUGAAGUUUGAAGUUAGAUGUAACCAGAAGUGGAAGAGGAGCUCAGGUAUUCUAUUAUUAUUUCAUUAAAAAAAAAAAAAAAUCUUAUCUUUUGUUCAUCUUUGUGGGUGUCUAUUGGAGCUUUCCAUAUUCCUUGUAAACAUUCCUUGGAAACUCUUUUUCUUUGUUAAACUUUCCUGUGAACUCUGGAGGCUCUGAACAAUGCAAUGUUGCAUAUAGUUAAGGUAAAGGUUUUAUGAA